AUGGGGAACAGCGGCUCGGCCGUGAAGGUCUGCACGGAUCACCAAGGCGGCAUCAACUGGCUGAGCCUGAGCCCCGACGGGCAGCGGCUGCUGACGGGCAGCGAGGACGGCACGGCGCGGCUCUGGAGCACGGCCGACAGCCAGUGCCACGGGCACUUCCAAGGACAUGAAAGUUACAUCACCUUUUGCCACUUGGAGAACGAGGCUGCCUUCACGUGCAGUGCUGACCACACCAUUCGAAAGUGGGACGUGGUGACCGGGCAGUGCUUGGCCAUUUACCGAGGCCACACAUCAAUUGUCAACAGAAUCCUGGUUGCUAAAGACUAUCUCUUCAGUGGCUCCUAUGACAGGACAGCCCGCUGCUGGAGCGUGGACAAGGAGAAACAAAUCCAGGAAUUCCGGGGCCAUCGGAACUGUGUCCUGACUCUAGCUCACUAUUCCUCCAGGGAUGUGCUGGAAGAAGAGGAGGAGGAAGAGGAGGAGGAGGAGAAAGUGAGCAGGGACCUGCUGGUGACAGGGAGCACAGACUGCACUGUGAAGGUCUGGUGGGUGUCCAGCGGGCGCUGCUACCAGACCCUGCUGGGACACACUGGGGCCGUCUUAUGCCUUAUACUUGAUGCACCAAACAGGGAGCUGUUCUCUGGCAGCACGGAUUACACCAUCAGGACCUGGAAUAUUGUCACUGGAGAGCAGCUGAAAGUCUUCAAAGAGCACCAAGGAUCAGUAAUUUGCCUAGAGCUGGUGAAUCGUCACCUGUACUCGGGGAGUGCAGACAGGACAGUGAAGUGCUGGUUUGUAGACACUGGGGAGCGGAUCCAGACCUACAAGGCUCACAAACACAGCGUUAGCACUUUGAAAUACCACGCUGGCAUCUUGUUCACAGGAAGUGGUGAUGCCUGUGCAAGAGCUUUCAAUUCCAGGAGUGGAGUCCUGCAGAAGAUCUUCCGAGGACACAAGUUCAUCAUCAACUGUAUCCAGAUCCACAACGAGCUGCUCUACACAGCUUCCCACGAUGGCACACUGCGGAUUUGGGACAUCCGGGGGAUAUGCAAGAGAAACAAGCGGCGCUUGAAGAAGGAGAGGUCCGUGCAGGGCAGGAGCUCCCAGAAGGGGUCUCUGUCUCGUCUCUUCAACAAUAAAGUUGGCUGCAUGGUACAGCAGGAGAAUGGGGAACACGAGGCUGUUGAAUUGAUGUGACUGUCCAGAGCAGGCUUUAUGUCAGUGACCAAAGCUGAACCUUUGAUUUUCUGCACCACUGUGUCCUUGUAAAUCAGAACUUGGAAAGAGAUGGGAAGUAGCUUUGCCUGAAUCUUUGUAUGAGAAGCCAGGACUCUCUGUGGCUGCCAGAUGGACUCAGGUCAGAUCCUGUGGCUGUGAUGACUCAGCUGAGCAGCUCUGGGGUCGGGAGGGGAGGCGGUGUGGUCCAGGUGAGGCACCACUGUGUGUGUGCUAUUAGGAACUUUCCUUACCACUGCUGGCAUCAGAUCCCGGGGCACAGAGCCAUUUCACCUCUGGCUGCCCAGUACCUAGUGGGAUGUUUUCCCAUUCCUGUUGCCCACUCCCAUCUUCAGCCCAAUGUGGCACUGAAAGGUGCCCUUGAAUUCCAUCUUCACAGGGACCUUUGGGUCAGUCAUGGCCAAUGCAAGAGAGUUUGGCUCUGCAGCAGGAGUUUAAAGCAGACUGGACAUCUCUCUGGGAAGCUGGGAGUAAUAGGAUAGAAACUAAUUUUUUAUUUUUUUUUUAAAAUAAAACAUAAGCCACAGAGCAAACUAAACUUCAUCCCUUUUGUACCAAGGUCAGCUAUUUGCUGUGCUAGGUUGCCAGUAGCAUUGGAUAAGCAGUGAAACUCAAGUGUUUUCCCAGUCUUUUUCCAGGUUCAUCAUUCUCUGAUAACCACUGAGCCAUGAAUUAAUAAGGGUUCUUAUAUUUUUCUAUUUGCAGAUACAGCUCUUUGUAGAACCAGUACAAAACUAUCUAAGCACAUGUUUUUAUUUUUAUGGCUUUAUUUAUUCUGUGCUACAGCAAGAUAAAAAUGCUGUAAUCCUUUUUUAGAAUGGAUUAAUAAACAUAUGGCAUCUCCAGACAAUUGACUUAGUUCUUAUUUUUGUCUCAUAGAUAGGGGUGUGCGACCUGGCUGAAGAAGCACAGCAGUGAAGAAUGGAUGGAAUGGGGGAAAAACCCUCACAUACACUUUUGGAAACAUUUCUUACCUUUCAGUGCUGGGAUUGGCAUUGGGUGGGUGUGGAGCUGUCCUGCCUCUCACCAAAGCUCAGUUCCCCCAUCAGGAGUGGACCAGACACAAAAGCACAGACUUAAGGGAAAGCAGGGAUGACAAAGAGCUACAAGUCCUGACUCAGCACUGCCCUGGUGGAACCAAAGCCUCCUGUUCUGACACCUUAGCACUGUGUCAGUGGGUCAGGCCCAUCACAGACCCUGCUCUCCUCUCCUGCUGAGCAGUGUUGGUAGUUCUUACCUGGCAGGUUUCCACAUCUAGUAGAAAACAGCAUUUAAAUUAUGUGAAAUGCCUACCAAGAGACUAAGUUGGGAGGUCACCUGCAUCGUGCAGACUUAAUUCCACAGUAAACCUCUCAGGCUGGUCAUUGGGGCUCAGUGGCACAGGUCA